AUGGCCGACCAAAAAGAAAAUUACCAUGUCUCUGAGUCUCAGCAUGUUACCCAUCGCCAAGAAAACAAGGAAAAGAAGUUAGAGAAACAGAAGAAAAAAACACUGAAGGCUGCUUACCAGGUUGAUCCCAAUGACUUCGAGCAAGAGCCAUCCGAGCUGCAUAGCAACAUUGAUAGGGAAGAAGAAACUAUGUUCUCAGAUCACAAUAUGCCAUCCAAGCUGUCCCAGCCUAAACCCAAGGUCCUGACAUUCAGUGCUGGGAAAAUCCCCCCAACGUUGCACGACGCCAGUGCCACCUGCAAGGCUACUACCACAGCUCCAACUCCGAGUCCAUGUGAUGACUCAGAUGAGUCAACAGACUGUGACUCUGAGUCUCAACCUGAAGCUCAGGUUGACCACACUGAUGAAGAGGACAAUAACAACAUCACUGAAGAACUAUCACCAAUUAAGAAAAAUUCCAAUGGUUCAUGCCAACACAUGAAAGCCAGCAACUUUGAUGAUGUCUCCAAAGAGAUUCUUGUGAUGGCGACUUCUAUUUUCCGGUGUUUGAUUGUCGCCCAGGCGCCAUUUCCCGAUAACGUUGCUGUCGAGACAAAAUUGGCAAAAGCAGCCUGGCAUGAGGCAUGUCAAAUCAAAGGCAUCAAUGUCAAACUGACGCCUUCAGGGGUCAAAAUGCUAUUGACCUGCACAUCACAAACAAGCCAUUCCAACAGUGUGAUAAGACAGAAUGGGGAUCUAGCAGAGUCUUUGAAAGAUGGUUCUGUGUUUGCUUUCAAGGAUUGGGAGUCGAAGAAGGGAAUCUACAAGACAGAGUUACUGCAACUGGGUGUUGUAUACCAUAAAUACUUUAAUCCUAUGCCCAUCGAAGUUAUUGCUCUUGUGCUUACAACUAUUGAAUGUUGUAUUGACAAAUGGUUACAAGGUCUGAAGGAGGAUGUUUAA